CUCUCACACCGGAGCAGCUCUUUCUGAAACAUAUACUUGUGGCUUCAAGUCUACCUGAAAAUGAGAGGCAGACACAACAAUCGGUGAUAUCUGUGUUUUCCUGUUGAUCGCAAAAAAAGGCGUCAGACACGUCUGCGGCGGCGGAGACCAGUGGAGGGACUCGGAAACUUGUGGCGCAGGAGACGGUCUGUCUUUUCGGAUCGGCAUUGCCACAGAGAGAGAGAGAAAGAGAGAGAUAACCAUGGCGAACCCCCUCAUACUGGUGCUCAGCUGGACUGUGAUCUCUGGGGUGGCGAGGGCUCAGAAUGGCACGGAGCCCAUUGUCCUGGAGGGGAAAUGUCUCGUGGUGUGCGACUCGAGUCCGACCAUGGACUGGAAGGCUUCGUCCUCUCCGCUUGGCAUCUCAGUGCGCGCCGCCAACUCCAAUGUGGCUUUCUCUGCAGUCCGGAGCAACAACCACGAACCGUCGGAGAUGAGCAACAAAACGAGAAUAAUCUACUUCGACCAGGUUUUUGUGAAUAUAGGAAACUACUUCACAUUUGAAUCAGUAUUUUUGUCCCCAAGAAAAGGAAUCUACAGUUUUAACUUCCAUGUCAUUAAAGUGUACCAGAGCCAAACCAUACAGGUGAACUUGAUGUUGAAUGGGAAACCAGUCAUCUCAGCCUUUGCGGGUGACAAAGACGUAACUCGUGAGGCGGCCACCAAUGGAGUUCUGCUCUGUCUAGACAAAGAGGACAAAGUCUACUUGAAGCUGGAGAAGGGAAACCUAGUUGGUGGAUGGCAAUACUCAACUUUUUCUGGCUUUCUUCUGUUCCCUCUGUAAAAAGAAAAGAAAAUAAUGUCUUGUCUCUAUAUAAUCAAAACAUUGCUGCUGCGUACAUUGGAUGGAAAUGGAUAUGAACAGAGAGAGGAAAUAUGACUUUGGAAAUCGUUCACAUUCACUGGAUGUGCCGAGUCGCUGUCAAGAUGAAAGAGACUUGAAAUGUUCCCUAUUGCUACUGUAUGUUCCUGUCACUCAAGCAGCCUCAGAGAGAAACGCUGCAACAUCACAAAAGUACUUUUACAAUUUUGACUUAGCGAAUAUAUUUAGCAUACUGAUUUGCAUCAUGGAAACUGUUGCAUUCGAGUAUAUCUGACUUUUGGUUGUAAACUGUAAACGUUUGUGUGACAUCACCAAAGUAUUCACGUCGUAAGUGUUGGGGUGCGUCAUCUCUGGAGCUCAUUGUUCUGAGGUAAAGUGGUGAUGAUGGGGACGACGCCUUGAUGGAACACGUUCAUUUGGAAAAAAAAGGAGGUCAAUGCUUAUUGAAAAGUGCAUUUAGUGAUCAGAGACAUGGAUGCAUUAUUGAAUAAGCCUGCUGCCCCCCCCAACCCUUUUGGUCCCUGGGCUUCUACAAUGUUACUGAAACACUCCAAACUACUUCAAAGCUGCCAAAUGACUAAAGAGAGGUGGACAUUCACCACAAAAUGACCACAAACACACACAAAAUGACUACAAAAAGAUACAAAACACAAAAACAAACAACAACACAGGCGAAGAGGCACCAAACCACCAUAAAUUGAUACAAAACCACUACGAAGAGACGCAAACUGACUCCGACAAACAACUGGCUGCUGUGGUCUGCUGUUUCAGUCAUGGGGUCUUACUCAUAUGUAGGAGUGGCGGGAACUUUUUACAUGUUUGUGCCCGUUGUGUCAUCAUCCAUCGAAGAUCAGAGUCCAGAUGUGACUAUAUUUCUGAUUAUUUAGGCUGCUGAUAUUGAUACGUUGCUUUUAGCGAAUUAUGGUGGUCAGUUUACUUUGCCUGUCAACAGUGUCUUGUAGAAAUAACACGAAUAAACCUCCAAUUAGUUUUGCCAAAUACAUUUUGGGGGAAAAUUCCGUCUCGCCUGAAUUACGUGGCAAUGUUAUAUUCAUAGUUAUUUUGUCGUGGACUGUGACUCUGAACAUCUUGAGUCUCACGUAUGGCUCGGUUCAUGCAACAGAAGAACUUGGUUAAAGUGGUUGUAAACAAUAUUUUCAUAUUAACAAUUGAUCACAUGACUACUUGUUUCCAGCUCAAUUGCUCAUUAAACAUUUCGGUUAACUCUCAUCAACAUGGUUUUCGGUUGCAGCAGGCCGCUGUUUUCAGCAUAACAUCUAAGAUAAACUCACUGUACACAAUUUGUUUCCAUCUACCAAACUAGAGAUAGACAAUUCUGAAUUUAGCGGCAGGUCUUUCAAGGAGCUGGUGGAGACCCAAACAGAACUAGAUUAAAUAAAUGUUAAUAUUGCUUUGAAUCUGUUGAUCUGUAAAUGUUAUACUGCUUCCUAAAAGGUAAAGUAAGCCACACCCACUUAGAAUGUAAUAAUACGUCAUUGUUUACAGUUUGUUUCUGCUGCCCCCAAGUGGCCAGAAAAUCCUGUUAGUUCAGGUUUAAGGUUAGUUGCCCCUUUCAUCAUUAAACCAAAAUCUCGACCUCACCCUGAUGUUGUUGCAGUACAAGUGGAUAUUGUUAGGAAAACAUAUAGAAUACAUUGACACACAUUGUGUGACAUAUCAGAUAAAUCAAUAAAAACAUUAUUUAUCAUUAUGUUGAUAAAAAACACAACUCGG